AGGAGACGGUGUAGACCUCAGUCAUCAUGUCUGGUCGGAGUAUAGUGGAGUGGUUUGCAGAACAUGAGGCGUAUCGCUGCGGAUACUGUGGGACCUCAGACACCAACUUUUCCCACGGUAUGUGGGCCCACACCAUGACCUGUCAGGACUACCAGGACUUGAUUGACAGGGGCUGGAGAAGGAGUGGGAAGUAUGUGUACAAACCAACCAUGAACCAAACAUGCUGCCCACAGUACACUAUCAAGUGUGCAGCUCUCCAGUACCGUCCCAGCCGGUCUCAGAAGAAGGUGAUCAAAAAGGUGGCCAAACUGCUGGUUAAUCCUCCAACAGGCAGUAAACCAGGGGAGCAAGGUGGUUCUGACUCACAGGGACCCAGCAUGGUAGAAGACGUCCCCGACAAGCAGCCUUCAAACAUCAACGUCCCCCAGGUGUCGUCAGAUGCACAACAGGUGUCUUCAGAUGUGCAACAGGUGUCAGCAGGUGCAGCACAGGUGAAAAAGUCAGGGUCAAGUCAUGAAAGUCAAGGUGAUGUGAAGGAAGGCGGUGCCUCGUGUGAAGUGGACAAGCCAUCUUCAAGCAACAAAGUACCACGGGCAGGGGAAGGUCCAGACCCCUCCAAGCCUCCCUGUAAGAAAGCAAAGUUCUUAAGGAAACAGAGAAAACAGGAAAAAGAAGCCUUGAGACAAUCAGCAGAGACUGCACAGAACCUGCCAUGGAAGAAAGAACGUAAAGAAGACACCCAGAAGUCACUUGAAGACUUUCUUAAAGAUGAAGCCUUGUCUAGGUUGGAGAUGAGGCUAGUCCGGAGUGAACCUAAUAGUGAGGAGUUUAGCCGGACGAGGAUGGAGUCUUACGAGCUGUAUAAAAAGUACCAGAUAGCCAUACACAAGGAUGAGCCUGACAAGUGUACAAUGAAGCAGUGGACCAGGUUUCUAGUGGACUCUCCCCUACAGGAAGAGCACAAGCCUGGCCUCCCUGCAUGUGGGAAUGGUUCGUUCCACCAGCAGUACUGGUUGGAUGGGAAGCUGAUAGCAGUAGGAGUGUUGGACAUCCUGCCGAGCUGUGUGUCAUCUGUGUACCUGUACUACGACCCUGACUAUCACUAUCUGUCCCUCGGCACGUACUCAGCACUCAGGGAAAUCUCCCUGACCAGGCAGCUGCAUGAGACGGCUCCCAGGCUGGAGUAUUACUACAUGGGCUUCUACAUCCACACCUGUCCCAAGAUGAAGUACAAGGGUAACUACGACUCGUCCUUCCUGCUGUGUCCUGAGGUGUACUCCUGGGUUCCUGUGGAGAAGUGUCGUCCUAAACUGGACGCCAGUAACUACGCCAGGCUGGAGGAUCCUGGGAAAGCUGAUGAGAACGGUAACAUUGACGUGAACCGCGUCCUGGUGCUGUACGAGCAGCAGCUCAUGCCAUACGCGAUCUACCGGGCGAUAACGGGCGGCAGCGACGAGGACGAUGUCAGGUUAUACGCCACGCUUGCUGGUAGGACGUGUGCGGAGAGAAUCAUCCUCUUCAGGAAUUAGAAAUGUACACAUGCAAGUCUUAUGGUUUAUAUACUAGUAAUAGUAAGGAAACUUGGUGAGCAAAUCUUACUGUUCAGUACAUGCACAAACAUUCAGUCUAUGUUGAUGUGCGCAGAAUGG